UGCAUGUCAAAUCGAACCAGUGACUAAUCAUGAUAUUUUGGUUGUCUUAGUGCCUGCCGGGCAAAGAUUUAUGGGCUUAGAACAUUUUCAUGUAAUAAUCCCUGGGUGCUGGUUUGAUCUUCAGCAGAGGCUUCCUAAGAGAGUGCAAAAAGAGGAUGAAAAGGGGGCUGCAAACCCAGGGGAAGCAAGGUCUGAUCUUACCUGAAUUUGAAAUACAAACAAGAGAGGAGGAAAGCCAGUGCUUCCUUCUCAUCUGUGCCUGCUCAGAGCCAUGCACUGGCAGCCAGAGAGGAUCUAUUUGAUCUGCCUGCGGAGGAAGAAGGGUUGAGGGCUACGGUUGAACAGAUACAAAGUGUCACUUCUUGGGAUUGUCAUCUAGCUCCCUCAUCUGUCACCUGAUGGGCAGCCAAGCAAGUGCUCCGCACAACUGUGGACCAUUCAUCCUUGCACAAGUGACGGAGGUGAGAAAAGUAAGCAUCCUACAGCUGUUAUGACAUUCAGCUGUUUCUUUCUAUGAAGGAAUGCAUUGGAUUUACUACAGAUCUAUUAACUGUUCCCCCAUGCCGGGCAGGAUUCUGAUUGAGACUGUUUUGUUGUUGUUGUUUGUUUGGGUUUUUUUUUGCGGGGGCUUUUCUCUAACAGCUGGAGGUUUGCUGGGCAUUCAAGCAAUGACUGUUGAGGAGAGCAGCUGUUUCAAUAUCUAAUUGCAUUUUAGCUUUAAUAACUCAAGGGGAAAGUGUUGCAUUGUCUGCCAUGAGCUAUUUCCUCUCCUACUGCAAAGCACACUGCACCGCUGUGCUCGCCCAGUACCAGACCCUGAGAUCCGAGGGCUUUCUGUGUGAUAUUUUGCUGAAAGUGAAGGAAAAUGAAUUUCCUGCACACAAGUCCUUGUUGGCAUGCUCCAGCGACUAUUUCCGAGCAAUGUUCAAAAGUUAUACCCAAGAGUCUAAAGCCAGGGUAAUUCACCUGCAAGUCGUCUCACCCACUGGUCUCCAGCACGUCCUGGAUUUCAUUUACACGUCUUUGUUGCCCCUUUCCUUUGAAAGCCUGGAAGAUACCUUGGAAGCUGCAAGCUACUUGCAAGUGACUGAUGCUAUUGGCUUGUGCAAUCAGUAUUUAGUUAACAAUCUUGCACUGGAAAACUGCUGCUUCUCUGCCAACGUGGCCAGGAAGUUCUACCUGCCGGAUGCCUUAGCAGCAACAGAAAAAUACAUUGUCAAUAAUCUCUGGAAGCUGCUGGACUUGGAUUUAUCAGGACUGCUCGAGCUGAACUUCAGGUCUUUGCUAGCAGUGGUUGAAUCACCAGAUCUCCCCAUGGUGAAAGAAACCCGCCUGCUGAAUCUUGUGCUGCUGUGGCUGAAGCAGGACAAAUCCAGGCUGACUCACACAAUCAGCCUUUUAGAGCAUAUAAGAUAUGGCCUCAUCCCAGUGGAAGAGCUGAGAAAAACCUACACACAGUCAGAAGUGCCCCUCUCCGCAGGUAUUAAGUGCUUGAUCAUUAAAGCAAUUAAUUACCAUACAUCACUUUUCAAACAGCCUGUCCUGCAGGAUAAAUCCACCACUCUGAGAAACCAGAAAACUCGGAUCAUUCUGCUGGGGGGAGGGACAGCAAGGGAGGGGCUCGUCACUGAUGUGGUGGCCUUUGACGUUUACAAUCACAAAUGGCGAGCUCUCACGCAGGUGCAGGACAGGGUGCAGAACCACAGCGUGUGCGUGGUGGGGAACUUCCUCUACGUCUUAGGGGGGGAAAUAGAAAGCAGUGCCAAGGGUGAUGCUAAAACUGAAAAGAUCCUAUCAGUUACGAACAAGGUCCAUCGUUAUGACCCGAGAUUUAACGCAUGGACCCAGAUCACAGGCAUGCUGGAAAAGAGAUGCCAGUUUUCUUGUUGUGUCCUAGGCAAGGAUAUAUUUGCCAUAGGUGGAAGGGGUAAGGAUGGGUCACUGCAUUCGUCUGUGGAGGUCUACAACAUCAGCAGGGACAGAUGGACAAAGGCUAGGGAAUUGCCAUGCAAGUUAUAUGGCCAUGCCAGUGCCAUUUGCAAAAGCACUAUAUACAUCUCGGGUGGCAAAUACUCAGACCCAGCCAACACAAGUAAGGACGUGUAUUCUCUGAGCUCCCUUGAAGGGCAGUGGAUGGAACAAGCCCCGAUGAGCAUUGCUCGAUUUGGGCAUCAGAUGGCAACAAUCAGAGAAGCCAUCUUCACCUUUUUAGGAUUAUAUGAACCAUUCUCUGAAAUAGAAAGAUACGACCCUGACCAGAACCAAUGGACUCGGCUAAGGCCAUUGAUCUAUGAUCGAUUUUCUUAUGGCCUGGCAGUGGUAGAGGAAACGGCUCUUCUUAUCGGGGGAAAGAAAUGGCAAAACUCACAGGAAGUCCCUACACAAGACGUGGUUGGCUAUGACAUUGACAACGAUGGCUGGGAAGAGAUCUGCAAAGCCCCCUUGCCUUGGUGUGGGCUGCAGUGUGCAGUUCUGCAGCUCUCUGAACUGACUGAUGAGCAGGACACUGACAGCCAGCAAAAGAGGCCACCAAACUGCUGAGCAUACACACUGUGGGAUCAGCAUCACAGGAGAUGAGCCAGCAGGGCGGUCCUUGAGAAGAUUACAAUGGUUCUGACUGUGACAGAGUAGAGGUUUUGCUUUGAUAGGUCAUACGCUUGGUGGAAACAGGCAAGAAAGUCUGGCUCCAAAAUAGCAAAAGGUGCUGGGAUUUAUAGAGCUGGAAGCUGAUCUCACUGAGGAAGGAUGUAGCAAGUACCACAUUUAGAGGUGAAGGACAAGAAUCAUAAUCCCUGACUUUUGAAGAAUAAUACCUAGAUAGCAAUAAAUAGGUGUUGCAAUUCAGAUUUUUUCAAAGGUUAAAAAAUAUAAUCCAUCUUUUCUGUUUUCUUAAUCAGAGGUAAUUUUCCCUGUCAUUAAGUGCUAUUGAAUUUUAUGCUAUGGCUAAGCAAAAUGGAAGUGAGCUGUAUAAAGACUAGAAAAUUGAUGCCUAUGAGAACUAAUAAUAAGCACUGCCAAGGAAAAGGUGUAAUUUGAUAUCUUACAUACUAGGCAAGAAUGCCUUAGCUAACCAGUGUGAAAUUACUGGACAGAAAGGAUGGAUUUUUUGCUCUGCAGACUCAGUUAUGGCCAUAAAUUAAAACAGUGACUGAUAGAA